ACAAAAAUGUUGCUUUUCUGAUGUAAAUGUCCUUAUAUUUAGUAUUGCAUUUUGGUAGAUUGUUACUAUAACUAGCCUAUUUAUGUUUUUAGCACCUGCAUUGACUGCGACGAAGUCUAUUGGUCUGUAUUCCGCGGGGGUGCAUGAGUUACAGCCAAUGACACGCCCUCGUAUUCGUUGCAUGGCAACGCGUUUGCUUGUGACUGUUUUCGUUCAAGGUUGAGCCUGUGCAGAACGCGCCUGCAUCAAUGUAACUACGUGCCACAAUAAGACGGUUUAUUACGCAAACUUCCCGGGAAAAUGUAUCAGUCUGUGCAAAUGUCGUGAAAAGAAGCUGACAAGCCUCACAACAACCAAGUGCUCUUGAAUCCCAACAGAUACGCGAACUUAUACGCGUUAUUGACUAGAAUGUCUCCUUCAAGACUCUACACAGCAUCUGUGAUGCCUCCUCUGCCUUUAAGUUCUUUCAGUGUCUCAAGCAACUUCUGCACGGAAGAGAAUAUCUCUGAGUGCAUUCUGUACAUCAAUCAGGAGUUGUCCUCCCUGUGCUUUCCGCCAAUUUUCCGUAACUCAGACGGCAUUCGUGAUCUGGAUGCUGUGGUUGCCCUAAACAACAUACAUGACUUGCUUCAGCUACACCGUCGAGCUGUUGGAAUGAUGGAGGAUCUGGAGGUGGAGCAGCUCAAGUCCAGCAGCGACCUCCACUACCAACACCUCACCAACUCCAGACUAAAGGACCAGCUUGAUCUUUCGAAAAAGGAAAACAUGCGCUUGCACGAGAGAGAGCGUCAGCUGGAAACAAAUAUAAAGACUUUGCAAAAUUGCCUAAAAGAUGCAAAAGAAGAGGUGCAAAGGCUACAGGGUAUCAUUGCAAGCCGUGCCACACAAUACAACCAUGACAUCAAAAGAAGAGAAAGGGAGCACAACAGAGUAAAGGAGCGCCUCAAUCAACUACUCAUUGUCAAAAAGGAAAAUAAACAAGGAAUGGAAGUUUUGAAUUAUGUUGGAAGGUCGGACGGGAGGAGAUGUCUUUGGAAAACUGGAAAAACUGAAUCCAGACAUGAGGGAGAGAUGUACAAAACUCUUCUCAAUGAAUUUGAUAACCGUCAGAGGGAGCUAAUGAUGGAGAACAUAGAGCUGAAGAAAGUGCUUCAACAAAUGAAACGAGAAAUGGUGGUGGUUUUAAAUUCAAAGAAGACAUGCCAAAAGGAAGAGAAACAAAGCAAUAAUAUGGAUCAGUUGACUCUGCAGACAAAUUCAGAUGACGAGGAACCUUUGAAAGGACAUCCUGAGAUGUCCUGUGAUCACGCUCGGGAGAAACUGACCAACAGCAUUCGUCAGCAGUGGAGGAAACUCAAACAUCAUGUUGAGAGACUGGACAGCCAAGCUGGAGACAGCGAAGAGAUGAUCGCCAAACAACUCCAUGAAGAGGAGAUAGAGAGGCUCAAACAAGAAAUUCAGCAGUGCAAAGAGUUUAUUCAGACUCAACAACAUCUUCUGCAACAACAGCUCAACACACCCUGUGAUGAGGAGACUGCAGCUGUUCUGAACGAUUCCUACAUGCUGGAAGAGAAGGAACGCUUGAAAGAAGAGUGGAGAGUGUUUGAAGAACAGAGGAAAAACUUUGAAAUGGAAAGGAGAAAUUUCACGGAGGCUGCCAUCAGAUUGGGCCAUGAGAGGAAGUCUUUCGAGGACGAUCGUGCAACGUGGCUCAAACAUCAGUUUCUGAACACAACAUUUGCAGACCAGAUGAAACCACAAAGUCGCACGACGGAAGAAUUUUCAAAGCCUGAGUGAUUAUUUUUUACUAGUUUAAUUUCUCUUUAAAAUAAAACUUGAAAUUUGUUUUCUGAUUUUGCAGACUCCGCUCAUGAGGAGAAACUCAUUUCAAUUUCUGGUAAAGUCAGUAAAUCUCAUCUUUAGUCUGUCCACCUAUGGAACUGCUUGCAGAUGGAGCUACAUUUUCUUCCAACAUCAGAGGAGAGAUACUCGGAUCCAAUAUGAAUGAGUUUGAAUGUGAUUAAAGUCCACCAAUAUCUUUAUGAAGAAUUUACAACAACCAGACAUGAAUAUUUAACAGAAUUGUGGAUAAGAUUGUCAGAGACUUAAGCCUGCUGAAUCUUACAAGCCUCUGAAUUGUGUACGUUUUGAAAGAAGCAAUGUUUUAAAUAUGGCCAUGUUGACUUUUUGAAACAUUUUGCAUUUUCAUUUAGAAAAUCCAUAUAGAAUUGU